GCUCGGCCCUGCCGCCAACCUUGUGCGCAGCCAGCCGCCCUGCGCAUCUCCGCUGGCCCCACCAUGAAGGCGCUCCUGUUCGCUGUGCUGGCUGCGGUGCUGUGCGUGGAGAGAGCCCACACGCUCGUCUGCUUUUCGUGCUCGGAUGCAUCCUCCAACUGGGCCUGCCUGACGCCUGUCAAGUGCGGGGAGAACGAAAACCACUGCGUGACGACGUAUGUCGGAGUGGGAAUCGGCAGCAAGUCUGGCCAGUCCAUCUCCAAAGGAUGCUCUCCCAUUUGCCCCAGCGCUGGGAUUAACCUCGGCAUAGCGGCUGCCUCCGUUUACUGCUGCGACUCCUUCCUCUGCAACAUCAGCGGUUCCAGCAGCAUGAAAGCCAGCUACGCAGUCCUGGCCUUGGGGGUCCUUGUUAGCUUCAUCUAUGUCCUCAGGGCUCGCGAGUGAUGGGGCUGGCCGAGGAAGAGCCGUCUUCCACGGGCCGUCGCGGGUCUCAUUAGCCAAUAUCUUCUCUGUCGCUGUCUGCAAGGAGAUCCUCUACUUCUCAGCAGGCUUCCAAGAUGGUUAUUUCCCAGACUUUAUGCUCUUCCAGCAUCGGAGACCUGGGCAGUUUGGCCAAGCUGUUCUCCUCCUUCUGUGGACAUACCCCAUUGCACUCUCACACCUCCUUGGCAAAGGUGGAUCGUUUUGGAAGGGUUUCUGCUUUUAUACCUAAUACCCCCCCCCUCGUUUCUAAGGUUGGUUAAAACAAGGCUGGGACUCGCCAAGAACCGAUUAAUCCCAGACACCACCCGGUCAAGCGUUCAGACGUUCCUGCCUCUCACCUCCGUGGAGGUGCCUGGCACCGGCGUGCUCCAGCACAUGGGUGGCCCCGGCAUCGGGAAUGCAUGACCCGAAGGGAGACACAUUCCCAGCCCCUUGCAGCUGCAGUCUCUUUUUAUAAACCCGUUUCGUUUCUUCUGAUCCUGGGCUGACUUUUCUGGAAAACAAAUGACAUGUACCUUGUCCUUCCGAGCUCUGUAAGUGCCAGACCUGAAUAAACAUGCUCCUGUUGUUACCUGAGAUGGGACGUGUGCUGUGUGUGUUUCCUUGCUCCAGACAGAGAGAUUAGAAACGGCUGUUAUGGAAAACCCAAAUACUAUGCCUGGCACGAGGGCCUCUUACCCUCUCAAGCGGCUUUUGAGUCCUUCAUCUCAGCAUUCCUUCCAGCUCACCUCUGAGCAGCAAGUCCAUCUCCUCCCUGUUGCUGUCCUUUCUAAUAAACACCUCUGGGCCACCUUGUUUCACCUCUCUUGGAAAUCACCUUUUCCAGGUGCAUUUUAGUGAAAAAUGCCAGUUAUUGGGGUCUUGAGUCAACCCCAUUACUCCUAAUGGAGCAAGCGCACUGGGAACAGGACCUCUAAAAAUUAGUCUGCAUGUUACAAAGACUCGGUGCCUCGAUCUCCCUACUUUGGACUUGUGAUGGUGAUACACAAUAACAUCGAUACCUAAAUAAUCCAGGGCAACAGGUCUGUUUGCAAAAUUUAGUGAAGUCAGAGGCAAAGAUAUCAAUACUCAGAUCUGUAGGUUCAACCUGCAAUCCCUGGCUGAUGGUGCACGUGGACUGCAGAAGGUGACUUCACCACCAAACCUGCCACUCCUGCUGUCCCACAGAUCCCAGGAUCUUCCCAGGUCUUUUGGCAGUGUUGCUUCUGGAAGUUCUCAGCCAUCCCAUGGGAGGAGUUGUGUCCUCCUGCCAUCUCUGCGUUUGUGCUGGUUUCCUACCUGCUUUGCCUACCUGUGGACCUGCUAGACAAAACAAGCCAAAAUUGAGCCUUAAACCGUCAGGUGAAAUCUUGCUGUCGCUUCCACUGAUUGAUCAGAGGUGCAGUGGGCUUUUUUUCUCUUCUAGCAGCAAAAAUCAGGUGUAGUAUUGGCACUCUUUAACCAUGCCCUCCUUGUAUGUGGUUCUCCUGUUUUGUGUCAAAAAAACAACCUCUCAAAAAAGCCUCUCAAGCUGCACACACUGUUCAAUUAUACCUCUGUCCCACUUAAAUAAGCGUUAAACGGCUUCUUUUGAAAGAUGGUGUGCAGAUGUAUAGAAAUAUUUGCAACAAAAGUGGUUACAUGUUUUUUCCUCUGCCUUCUCCCUGUCUUUUAAUUAAAAUGACACAUGCUAAUGACAACCUUUGCAACAGGAGGGACUGGUCAUCGUGAUGUGACCUGCAAUUAGGUGAUGAGUUUGGUAAGAACGCAUUGCUUGUCUCCUUGGUCCUCAGAUGUGCCUUCCUCCGGUUAAUGCAUCCUCCCUCACCUGCUGGGACCACAGGGCUCGAGGUGCGCCACACCUCUGCUAUGCACAGAUAGCACAGGGAAAACUGGGGAAAAAAUUGCUAGAAAUGGGGUGAAUAUUCCCAAGCUUCCCUGUGCCUGAGCCUUCCUCCCAAGAGGUUUAGAAACCUCGUUUGCAGGGUUAAUUUGUUCCUCGCCACUUGCUGUGAGUAGAUGCUCUAGUGAGACCCAGGCAGCACCCAGAGUACUCUACCUUGCAACUAAUGGGGCUGUAACUCUUUUCUAUCCACCUGGUUAAAGGUAUCUUGGUUUUGGACUCAAAUUACCCUCACACCACCUCUGCUGUGAGCAAAGAGCUAAACUUAAAAGCCAUCAGCACAGCUGUGUCCCUAAUGCCUGUUCAUGCCUUUCCGAGGCUCUUGAGGAUGCCACACUGGACAACCCCAUGGGCUGAAGCUACGAGCAGGGUUACGAGACCCGGUUGCCUCCUGCAAUGGCCAUCCCCUUCCUAUCGCAGCAUUUCGGAGUUUGCUGGUGCCAAGGACUCGAUUAUGCAAGGGAACGAGGGCUGGCAGGGAGAGCAUUCGGCAGGCUACUUACCCUAUACAAAUAGCAAGUUAUAUUAACGGUAUUGCCAGGGGACAGAUCUGAAGGUCACUUCACACGUGUUCUUGAGCCUAUAGAUAAUGAAUAGAUUGCAUAUGGAGAUUUUUUUUUCGCUUCACUCUCUUUUUGUCUUUCUGUCCUCCUCAUGCGCUAUAUUCCUGUACACUUAGUAUAUGGAAGAAGAGAUAUUUGCAGUUUUUCCUUUUGAACACGUGGCAAAAAUCUCUUUGAUAGAUAUAUGUAUAUUUGAGAGAGAGGGAGGGUGUGACAGCUUGUCAAAUGCAAGAGAUGUUAUUCAACAGUUUAAUCCCAAGCAUCAUAUGAUCAGUUCUGCCAACUCUCACAAUUUCUGGUCCUACUAUAGAUUAUUUUUUUUUUGCCCCCAAAUCCCCAGCACCAGAAAUCAUGUGAACCUCAGCUGUCAUAGAGCCCAGGAGUGAAAGGCCUGAAAAUGUGCAGCUGUAGUAAUUAAAAACAUUAAUAGUAAUAAGAAAAUAAAUAGCAAGAACCCAGCAUUUACAGAGCAUUAAAACUAGUGGCUUGUUAAACCACACGCCUGCUUUGGAACUUGAGGGCCAUGGUGGGACAGCCUUUAAGUGCUUUGAACGUGUUUACUUGGACUGUGGAAUUAGAGAUCGAAAUCUCAGCAGAAAACUCAGAUCUUCACCUUUUCUGACAAGGCGAGAGGUUAUGAGGGGAGGCAGCUUUCCUCCGCAUAAAAUAUCCCGGAACAGUUUUCACUGGAAAAUAAGAAAAGCUUAAGUCAAAUACCUGCCCUUUUUGGAGCAUGCUAAUGAGAAAAUGGUUUCUGUGCUUCCAUCCUGGAAAUGGCUGUAUUUCAACAGCAGCUGCUGCUGUCUACCACUAUGCCAGUGUCGCAAGGGCUCUCAUUUUUGUGUAUUGUCUGUAUGUACGCGCUCAAAGCUUACUGCGGCACCAGCCCUUUCCACCCAGGUUCACUUGGUUUGCUGUUUGCUGAAAAGGAGGACUUAAAAAUGAACAAAGUUCUUCCAACCGUUUUUGAGAUUUUUUUUUUUUUGCAAAAGGGCAAAAUUUCUUCUUUUGGAAAACACAAACCUGAUGUGACUUCCUUGUACAAACAGCGAGAAUAAAUAAGGCUGGUUACUUAAUCAUUACUCCAAGGAUCCACAUCGUCACUCAAAGAAUGUCCUUGCUUGCUGUUAAUUUACUCAAGUUAGGGCUCAUUUGAAAUGUCGUGCCUCCCAGGGACCCUAUUUGCCAUGAAGGAGGCUGUGGUCCCACCACCCAUGUGGGAAGCCUGGUAGCUCUGGUCGGGGUGGCUGUGCCUCCAUGCUGGAAUGAGGUAUAGGCAUCCAUGCUCUCCUGUCUCUGGGAAAGGCAGAUGUGGUGCACGUCUGGUUGCCUGGAGGUUUAGGGCCCUAUCGCAAGCCUCUUGUUCCUAUGAUCCCAAUGCUUUUGCACCCUGAAGCCAGGCUGUGCUUUCGCUGUCAUCCUCAGCGGUGAAGUGCUGUGGGACUCAGCGGUUUGGGAUGAAGAUGGCUCUGAAUCCUUCCUUGAUCCUGGAGGAGUUAUUUCGCCCCUGGAAAGCUGCUGUCUCAGGCUAUCAAACUGGAAUCGGGAUAGACACACCCAAUUUUGCAUUUUGGGAGUGUCCAUGGUGCCCAGGGAAGCGAAGCCCUGGGUCGGUCCUGCCAUCUACUGGCUUUUGCCAGACUUGGUAGAGAUGCUUUGAAGCCCAGAUCUCACAAGUCAAGGAAGAACCUUUAAUCUGAAAUCGGUGUAGGGAGGCAAGGGCGAGCUACCUUUAACCAGAUAAUUGCAUGCAAAGCAUAGAAUCAGAAACAUCGGAGACCGAUUGAAUGUUUUAAUUUGUCCAGCUUUGCUCUGACAGCGUAAAUUGAGAAAUGAAAGGCUUAACAGGCUUCCCAGGUCCAAUGUUUUCCAAGGGAACACUUUUCCCAGCCCAAACCCUACCGUUUCAUCAAAACUGAAACACUUCAUGAAAAUACAAUAAGGCCAAUAAAGUGUUGCAGAAAAAUAUUGACACGUUUUAUUUCAGCUUUGUUGGAUGAUCUCAUUUUACUGAGGUAGUUACACUGAAAUGUUGAUUUUACUAAUACAUAUAUGUGAGAUUUGUAAUUGUGUAUUACCUUUAUUGUAACAGAAUAAGCAGAAUAAAGAAACAUUGAUUCCUUUAAAUAUAUUAACAUAAGUAUAAGUGUAGUGUACGUUACCUAUUGUUUCUUAUACUCGAAUAAAAAUAUAUGGAAUUAAUAAA